AGAAUGCCCUUCAACGAUAGAGUUGAUGUCUUGAGAUAGAAGAACAACCGCCAUUGUCGAAGGCGUCUUUCAGAGGCAACUACAACCGAGUGCCCCGCCGAUGACCGAUGACCUGCUCGCCCAACGUACCCUGGUCCAAAAUUUACGACUCAUCCCUCGACGCGUCGGACCUCCUUUCUCGCGUCGCAACCCCACAACACCGCUCCUGCGCCUCGAUAUCCCUAUAUUCCGCCUCGAAUAGCCCUCGUGGUUUCAAUUGAGCAUCAUGCAAGCGACGGCAACAGCGGAACCGGCUAAGAAGCGCGGCCGGCCGAAGAAGGUGGUGAAGGAAGAUGCGCCGGCGGCGGAGGCUAAGAAGAGCGUGAAGAAGGCUUCUGCGAAGACGGCGGCGAAGAAGAAGGAGGAGGAAGGGCCUAAGAAGACGGCGAAGAGUGCUACGUCGAAGAGCGUGAAGACGACGGCGAAAGCGACGACUGCGAAAGCGAAGAGCGUAACGGAGAAGGCGGAUGCGGCCGAAGCGACAUCGACGCCCAAGGCUGCGAAACAAGCGACACCAGCCACGCCGGCAACAAGCAAGAUACUAGAGGAGGUGUUUGCAACAGGGACGCUGAUCCCUCCGUCGACGGAAACAGCGCAGACGAUAGACAAUCCAUCCACGAAUGCCACCGCUGCAGCACCUCCACCACAACCCCCAACCCCAUCGCAAGCGCAAACCUCACAACCCUCGCCCCCACCCCGCCCACAGACCUCCCUCCCCGAAAUCACCCUCUCCGCCAUAAAACCCACCUUCGCCUCCCCCUCCCCUUCUCCCGCGACAUCCAAGCCCCCGCAACCCUCGCAGCCCCUACAAUCGCCCUACUCCAGACCCGCACGCACAUCCACCAUCCCGCUCCCGCGGAAACCCAAAGACCCCGCUACUCUCCCCUCCGGCGCAGCAAGCCCGCGGCCCAACGAUCCCGCCCCUCCACCGCCAGACCAAGCGAAACUGGACUAUGAACGCGGCCUGCGGGAGGGCAAGAUGCCGCCGAAAUACCGGCCGGCGGGGCGGCGCGUGACGGCGAUCAUGGUGGGCAUCCCGGUGAUUAUCGUGGUGGGCAUGGAGCUGUAUAAGAGAUUUGACCAAACAAUCCGAACAAAAUACGACGUCGAUCCACCCAAAGGCACUUCGUCAUAAGUCUCCACGAGGGGCGCGCGCGCGGGAGACGUCGCUGGCGGGUUUCCCCACCCUCCCUACCUACCUACGCUUUCGAAUGCGUCACCAUCACGGCUGUAUAUAUCCCACAAAAAUCAAUAAUGCUCAUAUUGCAUGCAUGAUGCCGAUGUAAUGACGAAGUAACGUUUACGGCAUCGACCCACAAAAAGCUCGCCAUCGCCAUGUAGCUUGGACAAGGGCGAAGGGGAAGAAGUAAAAAUGUAUAUAUUGCCAUGCCAUGCUAGCCAGCCCACUCCAAUCUAUCUCGUAGUAUCUAC